AUUAAUUUAUUUUAUUUGGUUUUAUUUUGGAUACUUGAGUACUGACAUCUUAUCUGCUUGACAAAUAGUAUCAUCCUCUUAAACUAAACCAGGAGAAGAAAAAUGGAUGCAAUGCAAGUAGCUCUUCCCAUUGUGGGAAUUGUCGCAGCUGCAGCCGUCGCAUUCUACGCAGUAAGCUUUGCAGAGCUUCGGGAGAAAUCUUUCAGAGAUUUGGAGGACUCAGACUCUGAAAAUGGAAUAUUUAAGUCGUCUCUGAGCUCCAGAGAACGCCGAGCCAGAAGAAAAUCAGAAAAACAAGCUAAAGACUAGACUAUUUGUGGAUAUCUCCGCUAUCUUAUCCUUUCAGGUCUUGUUUGUGGGCUUUUCCAAUUCGCGUUAUGAGUUAAUAUGAGAUUUGAAGUUGAUUUUCAUCUUUUUUUUCUCUCACUUUAAUACUCCAUAUAUAUACCUCACCAGAACGUUCAUUUGGUAAGAACUGAAAAUAAAAGUGAGAGAAUCAAUUGAAUUAUUCUAA